AUGCGUAGCAGUCUUAAACCCACAACCGUUCGCAUCAAAACAACGUCGAGUCCCACCCUUCCUAGUCAUUCGGUUCGGUCAAAUCAAUUUACUUCUCUCCAGUUCAACCACAUUCCUACGGGAAAUCCCCAUACCUUCAGCCAAAACAAAGGGUGUUUUUGCUGCGGGUCGCCCUUUAAUUCCUUUUUUUUUUCUCCGACCCAUAGAGCCCUGAAGUGCACGAGUUUCAUUGCCCUUCCCACCCCCCCAAACGCUGACCUCAUCGUCAACUUCCUACAAUCCGUGGAUUUUCUACCUACAACUCCUCUUGCUCUUUUCUACCCUUUCUCCCCUCUAUCUCAAGGUCUUAAACGUCAUUGA